AUGGGGCGAAACUGUGUUACUUCCUCGGCUUUAAUAUCAAUUUACUGUGAGACCAACCGUCCAAACCACCUUGGUUUUGACCUGCUCUACGCUCCCGGUCGCUCGCCCGAUGUCGCCGCCGCCGCCCCGGCUCCGGCUAAGGCUCGUGGCCUCCAAGAAAAGCCGAAGAAAAAGUUUGGCAGCCGGAACAUCAACAAAGCCCGCAAGCCCGCGGGGCCCAGCUCACCGGAGCUCAUCACAAGGCCGUGUCCCGCCUCCAAGGGAGCGCAAUGGGGCUCAUCCCUCGACCUGCGCUCAAAGAAGGGCUAGGCUGCCGGCGGCUACGAUGUGGAGAAAAGUAACAGCCGUAUCAAGCUGGGAAUCAAGAGCCUCGUUAGCAAAGGCGUUCUGGUGCAGACCAAGGGCACUGGCGCCUCUGGCUCUUUUCGCCUUAGCAAGAAACCUGGAGAAGUGAAGGAAAAGGCUCCUAAAAAGAAAACAACCGCAGCUAAGCCUAAGAAGCCAGCGACUAAGAAGCCUGCCAGCGCCGCCAAGAAGCCCAAGAAGGCAGCGACAGCGAAGAAGAGCCCCAAGAAAGCCAAGAAGCCGGCGGCCAGCGUGGCUAAGAAAGCAGCCAAGAGCCCCAAAAAGGCGACAAAGGCUGCUAAGCCUAAAAAAGUGGCGGCAGUAGCGAAGAGUCCUGCUAAGGCAAAAGCGGUGAAGCCAAAGGCAGCAAAGCCGAAGGCAGCCAAGCCAAAAGCAGCGAAAGUAAAGAAGGCAGCACCCAAGAAAAAAUAAAUGGUUUGGAAAAAAUCCUGUCUGCCUUGCAGAUAA